AUGAUGAUGAUGAUGCAAGAAGACUUUCAAGACCGUAAGAAUCUAAGCAUCAACGACAUUGAUCUCUCACUCCUCCGCCUCUCCUCCCCACCUUACGUCUCCCCCGUUUCUCCUCCUGAUAUCAGCCCCUUGAAACGCUCCUCCCCUGUUUCCGACGGAUCCGAUCAGCCUAAACGCAGAAGACUCUCCCCCUCUCAAGACCACCCAAUCUUUAUCUCCUCUCCUCUUCACUCCACCUGUCCAGAACCGACUACUCUGUACUCGAAUCUCACUGCCAGCUACGCAAGCCCUGUUUUGGAAAAGCAAGAAACGUCGCCGUAUGCUUCCAAGAAUCUUGAUACAGAG